AAAAAUCAGUCCGCACCUAUCGCGGUCCCUAAAAGAAAGACGGUAGUUCCGGUGAGCGCUUCGCUGACGCCAUAUUCUUGCGCCGGAAGAGAAUUCAACUGAGUUCGAAAAGAAAGAUGGCGGCGGCGGCGAAAAAAAGCGUUCUAUCUUCCUUGGCGGUUUAUGCGGAAGAUUCCGAGCCCGAGUCUGAUAGCGAGGCCGGCGGGGCCGGUAGCGAUCGAGGAGGAGGGACGGAAGAAAAAGCUGGCUUGGUGUCAGAAAGCUAUGGAGAAGACGACUUCAGUAAAAUGGAAGGAGAAGAGGAUGGUUAUGAUGAAGACGAUGAUGAAAACAGCAGACAGUCAGAAGAUGACGAUUCAGAGACUGAAAAACCUGAGGCUGAUGAUCUGAAGGACUUUUCAGAACUGGAAAAGAGGGAUCCGCAGGAGUUAGUUGCUUCCUUCUCUGAGCGGGUAAGGAACAUGUCACCUGAUGAGAUCAAAAUCCCCCAAGAACCACAAGGCAGAUGUUCCAACCACUUACAGGACAAAAUACAGAAGCUGUAUGAAAGGAAAAUGAAGGAAGGCAUGGACAUGAAUUUGAUUAUUCAAAGGAAAAAAGAGUUCCGAAACCCCAGCAUCUAUGAGAAGCUGAUCCAGUUUUGUGCAAUUGAUGAACUUGGCACUAAUUAUCCAAAGGAUAUGUUUGAUCCUCAUGGCUGGUCUGAAGAUUCAUAUUAUGAGGCACUAGCAAAAGCUCAGAAAAUAGAAAUGGACAAGCUAGAAAAGGCCAAGAAAGAGCGAACAAAGAUUGAAUUUGUAACAGGCACUAAAAAAGGGACAACCAAUGCUCCCUCUACAACCACCACAACAGCUAGCACUGCGGGUGGAGAUGCACAGAAGAGGAAAAGCAAAUGGGAUUCUGCCAUUCCUGUGACAACAAUAGCUCAGCCCACCAUUCUCACAACCACUGCAACAUUGCCAGCUGUUGUAACUGUAACUACCAGUGCAAGUGGAUCCAAGACAACAGUAAUUUCAGCUGUUGGCACUAUAGUGAAAAAGGCAAAACAGUGACAAGCACAGAUUGAGUGACUGAAGCGGUUUUUUUCAGAUUUGACUGACACAAAAUCACUGUCUUUGAAAUACAGAGGGACACUCUUUUCCUGAUGUGGAAAUGAAAAAUUGUUUGCAAAUAGGAAAAAGACGAGUGGACCGUCCUAUUUAUAAUGGAAUUUUCUGUGAAAAAAAAAGCUCUUGGGCUUUGCUAUAACUGCUUCUUAAAGUACUGUGUGCAAUGCAGUGUCGCCGUGUCAAUGUUAUACUUCGUUGAAAACUGUAUUACAAUUGUCACUACCUUAGGAUCUUCAUGGAUUGUGAAGCUCUUUAAGAAGCUUUUAGAAGAAAAACUGUACUGAGUUGGACCAUUUGGCAGCAUUAUUUGUUCUGUUUGCCUCCAAGAAUUAUAAGCAAGAUUCAGUACUCCUCAAAAAUUUAAGAAGAAGAAAAGUACAUGACAAUUCAGUUUCAUGGAGGUCAUCGUAUGGACUAAGAUGAGUUAUUCUCAUGCAAUCCGUUUAGAUUAAAUGUCACAAAUCAGGAACUGGAACAUUUUGAAGAUUGAGACUUCAUAUUAGUAGCCCUUCCUGUCUUUGGGGAAUCUUUGUGCAGAUCUGAACACAACUGAUAGGAAGGUUUAUGUGAACAAGAAAUCAAAUAGAAAAUCUGUAUGGUGACAUUUUUGUUAGAGUUCUACAUAAACAUUUUAGAUGUCUUUUGUGUAUGUGUGAUAGUAACGAAGGUUCCAAAUAGAGAUGUAUAUAACUUAACUGAUAUCAGAACAGAAUUUUCAGAGACUUCCAGAACAUUCUGUUUUCUCUCUGGACAAUGCUGACCCUCCUCACAAACCAUGCCAUUUUGGGGGCAGUUGGCAGUUUCAGAAGUAAAUCCUCUGAACCACUGCCUGUGUUCCCUACUUUCAAACUACAUAAUUGUAUAAUGCCAUUUUCACCACUGUAAUUUAAAAAAUGCUACCAUUUUAAAUUUGUAUAAGCUUUCUUACUGGUUUGACUUAAAUGUUCGAAUAUAAAAACAACUUUUGAAAAUG